GCCUUGUUCCGGGCGGCGGAGGCGCGGCGGUGCGGUGAUGGCUUCGGGGCUGGGCGGCUGACCGCUGGGCGAGGAAGGGGCCUGGCGCCCGGAGUCUCGGCGGCAGCGCCAUGGCCGCCUCCACCGCCUCCUCCGAGCAUUUCGAGAAGCUGCACGAGAUCUUCCGCGGCCUCCAUGAGGACCUGCGCGGGGUGCCCGAGCGGCUGCUGGGGACCGCCGGCACCGAGGAGAAGAAGAAGUUGAUCAGAGAUUUUGAUGAAAAGCAGCAGGAAGCAAAUGAAACGCUGGCAGAGAUGGAGGAGGAGCUACGGUAUGCACCCCUGUCUUUCCGUAACCCCAUGAUGUCUAAGCUGCGAAACUACCGGAAAGACCUCGCCAAACUACAUCGGGAAGUAAGAACCAUGCCUUUGACAGCUGCACCUGGGGGCCGAGGAGACAUGAAGUAUGGCACAUAUGCUGUGGAGAAUGAGCAUAUGAAUCGGCUCCAGUCUCAGCGGGCACUGCUUCUGCAAGGCACUGAAAGCCUCAACCGGGCCACCCAGAGUAUUGAACGGUCUCAUCGGAUCGCCACCGAGACUGACCAGAUUGGCUCCGAAAUCAUAGAAGAGCUGGGGGAGCAGCGAGACCAGCUGGAACGCACCAAGGGCAGAAGUGACAACCAACAAGCUGCUGCUCUCCAUCGUCAUCUUACUGGAGCUCAUCAUCCUGGGAGGCCUGGUUUACUACAAGUUCUUUCGCAAGCACUGAACUUCCUACAGGAAGGGCGUUGUGGGCCAGGCCUUGACCCCGUGGAGGAGUGGUGGUGGGCAGGCUGUGCGGUGAGCAUGCUGCUGUGGGCUGACCGUUCAAGGAUGCACUGCAUAGCCAGACCGUGGGAAGAGGGGGUCCAGACAGAAAACCACGUAAAUGUGAAGGAACAGUGACAAGAGCAGUAUGAUAUACCAAGGUAAUAAAUGUUUAUGAUCUCUUCAAAUUUA